ACGACAUUUGGUUUUUUGUACAAAUAAACUUCAGUGCGAUAUAGUUCUUGACUGAUAUGCUUUUGAUAUUUCUGCUGCCAAUUCCAAAUAAGCGUGUCUCGCUUCCCACAAAUCAAAAACUGUUCCAAAGUCUUAGAAUUGGCUCGAUAAAUGAGGCGAGUGCAAGGUGGCAUCGUGUAAUGUUUUUGAUGUUAUUUAUCGACAUACACUUGUUACUAAUAUUAGUAUAUACGUUCAUUUGCAAUUAAUUAUGGUGAUCUUAAAAUUCGCAUCUUCAUAAGUUCAUUUAAAUAGAAAGCUAAUAGCACAUUGUCUAAUCGUGUGUCACAAAAACAGCUAGCAUAGAGCUGGAUAUCAGACUUAGAAGACGCAAUCGCAAACCACGACACUUGCAUCAGCUACCACCAUUAGGGUCCAUAAAACUGGCACUACAGAUCACAUCCUGUAGUGCCUCUACCGUAUAGAAAUAAAAAGCAUCUAUCUAAAUUUUUCCAGGUUAAAAAGCAUCGUGCUUCUACAGUUUUGCUCUAUGGAUUAUGUCUUUACAUAUAUAAUACCACACUUCACUCCUCUUUUAUGGAUGAUAGUCCAUCAAAUUAUAUCUUCGGUCAAUAAAGAUGGAAUUCGUUUUGCCUGAAUCUUUAUCUCAGAAGUACGGAAGCUUCUCUGCAGUCGAGCAAUUAUCACGAUAGAUAGAACUAGAAAUCCCAAAGUACUUUUAUAGGUAGCUAAAGGUGCAAUUCUGGCUGAGUUCUUUAAUCUUCGCUAUGAUCCUCGGCUAGGCAGUGAGAGUUAAAGCGAUGUACAAAGCUGGAAUUUGACGCUAGAAACCCGUUACAAUUUUGACAAUACGCUGCCGAUAUUACUCUCACUUAUUUUGUUUGCUACAGCAGCCAGCCAAACAACUGCAUUGCAAGAAAAAAUUAUCGACAAAGAAAUCAUGGACAGCUUCUCAGCGAACGUUUGGACUUGUGAAAAUGUUCCGGCUACAGUGUAAGCGAUUCCAGGAUGUAAUUGCAGUUGCCAAACGCCUGACUUUUGGAAAUGGUUAGUGCACAGCUCCUUUAGCUUGCGCUAUCAAUCUCGAAUGAUCUGCAUGUGCGGGUAUUACUCAAAUUUGUCGAGCUUUCAAUUUCGGUUCGCCAUUUCCCCACAAAAUGAUGAGCAUUAUAAUUUUGGUCAUGCAUACGCUCUCACCAUUUAUUGCGCGAUACACGCUGACGACGCAGAAUCUUUGCUGGUCGUCCGCUUUAACGACUUAAAUUUGAAGAUUUGAAUAAUUUCGAGCAAUUGAGAAGAGUCCUU